ACGCCUCUUUCUUCGCAUACUUUCCUCCCUCUCAUUCCACUUUUGUAGCAUAGCUGUAAUGCCUCUAAAUCCAUGGAACAACCUCUUCUCCUUCUUAACAAUCAUCCUUCCCCUCUUGAACCCUUUUGUAGCUUUCGCAGUUAAUCCACAAGGCGAAGCUCUUCUUUCAUGGAAGCAAAGCCUAAAUGGACCCACUGUGGCCUUGUCUAAUUGGAACCCAACAGAUGAAACUCCAUGUGGGUGGCUUGGAAUCACUUGCAACAUCAACAAGGAGGUCGUGGAAUUGAAGUUAAGAGACUUGAGUUUAUAUGGUACAGUUCCAACUAAUCUCACUUCAUUGGUUUCAUUAACCAAGGUUGUACUUUCUAGUACAAACCUCACGGGUUCAAUCCCAAGAGAGGUUGCUAUACUACAUGAACUGAAUUACUUGGACUUGAGUGACAAUGCGUUAACCGGUGAAAUCCCAUCUGAGAUUUGCAACUUACUUAAGCUCCAAGAAAUCCACCUCAACUCAAACCAGCUAGAAGGCUCAAUUCUGGCUCAAAUCGGCAACCUCACAAGCUUGAAAUGGGUGACUCCUUAUGAUAACCAGCUCAGUGGAGAAAUACCCAGUUCAAUUGGCAACUUGAAGAACCUCCAGGUGAUAAGAGUCGGUGGGAACAAGAAUAUCAGAGGCCUUAUACCCCGAGAAAUCGGGAAUUGUACCGAGUUGACCAUGUCAGGCCUAGCCAAAACAAGCGUCUCGGGUUUCCUUCCUCCGAGUCUUGGCCUCCUCAAGAAGCUUGGAACCAUAAGCAUCUGGAAAACUCUCCUCUCCGGCCAAAUCCCACCUGAAAUUGGCAACUGUACCGCCCUCCAAGAUAUCUUCCUCUAUCAAAACUCGCUCACCGGUUCAAUACCGAAAAGUAUCGGAAACCUCAAAAACCUCCGAAUUCUUUAUCUCUGGGGGAACAGCUUGGUGGGUACCAUUCCAUCAGAGCUUGGGAAUUGCAAUAAGUUUACACUUCUCGAUGUUUCGUGGAACUCGUUAUCCGGAAACAUUCUGCAAAGUUUCGGAAACUUAUCGGCUAUGCAAGAUCUCGCACUCCAAAUGAAUCAAAUAUCGGGCGAAAUUCCAGCACAAUUAGAAAACUGUAAGGAGCUCACUUGGAUCGACUUAGGCGAAAACAGUGUCGCCGGUACGAUACCAUCCGAAGUCGGAAACCUUACGAAACUUCAACAACUUUUCUUGUAUGAAAACGAGUUAGUGGGACCCAUUCCAUCCUCAAUAUUCAAAUGUCAGAAUCUUGAAAUUCUUGAUUCGGCUUCUAAUGGUUUGACUGGGUAUAUUCCCCAGGAAAUCUUUCAGUUCAAGAAAAUGAAAAUAAUCUAUCUUUCCUCCAACAAUUUAUCGGGUGAAAUACCGGAAAAUAUCGGAAACUGUUCGUCUCUAAUUCGGUUCAGAGUUGGAGAUAACAAGCUUACAGGGCCAAUACCGAGAGAGAUUGGGAACUUGGAAAAUCUAGAUAUCUUGGAUCUCAGUUUGAAUCGAAUUUCGGGAAAUGUACCUGCCGAGAUCUUUGGCUGCCGAAACUUGGAGUAUCUCAAUUUGCAUUCUAAUUUGAUCACUGGAAACUUUCUUGGUAAGUUAAGCCGCCUUGUUUUGUUGCAGUUUGUUGAUUUUUCCAAUAAUUUUAUUGAAGGUACUUGGCCACUUCAUGUACUUCCACGGCACAUUGAUUUCUUUUCAAUCUCAAGGAACAAUUUAAGUGGAGAGAUCUCUUCCUCGAUUUGUAAUCUCAAUUUUGUUAACUACCUUGAUUUCUCUCAUAACCAUUUUAGUAUGAUUCCUCCAUGCUUGGGAAAUAUGAGUGAUAUCAUAAAUUUGGGACUGCAAAAUAACAAUCUUCAUGACACCAUCCCAAAAUUUGUAAAGUGCAGUAACUUGAGAAAUCUUAAACUUGCCAACAAUCAAUUAGAAGGGCCAUUGCCACGUUCAUUGGUCAAUUGCAAGAAAUUAAAAAUUCUAGACGUCGCUAACAACAAGCUUAACGACACAUUCCCUCAUUGGUUGGUAAAUCUUCCAGAGUUGCGGGUUCUCUUAUUGCGAUCAAACAACUUUCAUGGUUCCAUAGGCAAUCACAAGACUAAAUUCUCAUUUUCUAAUUUGAGAAUUAUAGACCUCUCUCACAAUAUGUUCCAUGGUCAUUUGCCAUCAAAUCUUUUCAAAUAUUUAUCAGCCAUGAUAAAUGGGGACAUGGAUAAUGAUGGAUUGCAAUAUAUGAGUGAUGAUUAUUAUUUUGUUUUCAAAAGAGAGAUGGAUUAUGCUAAUUAUUAUAUGGGUGAUGAUUAAGAUUCUGUAAUAAUU